AUGGCACGCCAAGUUUUUGUUCUGGCUCUUAUCUUCGUCGCCGUAGCCGGAGUUGUAGCCCAACAACAGGCACCAUCCACCAGCCCCACCGCCUCGCCGUCACCGAAAUCGUCACCCAAAACAUCUCCCUCGGCUUCCCCAGCUGCUUCUCCCAAACCUAGCUCCGGUUCCGAAGCUCCAAAAUCCUCUUCCACCCCAACCAAAGCUCCGGCCAAGGCUCCAUCUUCUUCGCCCUCAGCUCCUUCUCCCAAGUCCUCCUCCGAGACUCCAGCGUCGUCUCCCGACUCCUCCUCGUCCUCCUCGUCUCCGGCAUCGUCACCCGACUCCUCGGACACUUCCUCUCCUCCCUCCCCCGGAAGCGAGUACUCAACCGUGUCACCCGCCCCAGCAGAAGAAAACACUGAUAUCUCCGAUGGACCCUCCCCCGCCGAAGCCCCUGAUGCAGAUGGGGGGAGCAACGGCGCCGCCGCUCUCGGCGUCUCAUCAGGUGUUGCUGCAGUUGGUGUUGCAGCCGUGGUUGGCUUCUUUGCUUUCUAA